UCUCUUCCUCGGCGCUGCCUGCGGAGGUGGCAGCCAUCUGUUACUGGGCAUCAUGGCUGCCCUCAGACCUCUGGUGAAGCCCAAGAUCGUUAAAAAGAGGACCAAGAAGUUCAUCCGGCACCAAUCAGACCGUUAUGUCAAAAUGAAGCGCAACUGGCGGAAACCCAGGGGCAUUGACAAUAGGGUGCACAGAAGAUUCAAGGGCCAGAUCUUGAUGCCCAACAUUGGUUACGGGAGCAACAAGAAAACAAAGCGCAUGCUGCCCAGGGGCUUCCGGAAGUUCCUGGUCCACAAUGUCAAGGAGCUUGAAGUGCCGCUGAUGUGCAACAAAUCUUACUGUGCAGAGAUUGCUCACAAUGUCUCCUCCAAGAAUCGCAAAGCCAUCGUGAAAAGAGCAGCCCCGCUGGCAAUCGGAGUCACCAAUCCCAAUGCCAGGCUGCGCAGCGAAGAAAAUGAACAGACAGCUUGUUGUGCAUGUCAUAUUUGUGUUAAUAAAACCAUAAACUACAAAAAAAUACAGUGUGGUCUAUAA